GACCGAUGGUGCAGUCAACGUUGGGACCGGCAGCCCAAAAGACACACGCGGACCUCACGCGUUCUCUACCCCUUCCGUCGAGCACCCCCUUCUGACACCUCUUACCCUCGAACAGUCGUACGGCCCUGAAAGAACGUGCCGCGAUUCGAACUGCUUUUUUUCUUUGGGGCACGCUCCAGUCCGCAGGCAAACGAACACAGAGAAGCCGUACAUCGGCUAUAGUGCUCGUUUACCGGACGUGUAGUGGGUGUGUGAUAGAAAUGUAAUGCUAGUGACGCGACGUGACACGACGUAACGCGAUCCAACGCGGUAUGACGUUUCUUUAGUUCUUUCGUCAUCAUUGCCUGUCUCCCUGCUGCGUACGGAUCGCGUGUGAGCCGACGACAAACGCAAUGUUGUGACGCGUGACACAGCGCACCGGUCCGACACGGCGUUUCAAUGCUCAGGGACGUUGCCUCCGUUCCUUCGUAUCCUCUUCUCGUGUACAUCCGAGCAUGGAUGAUAAAUGUUCGAGUGAACGGUAAAUGUCACCCGGGAGCCAAAUUUAUCGAUCUGCGUACACGUAUUAAUGGAUCAGUAUGUGAUUACUGUACGUUGGAAAUCGGUAGGGCGAUUGCUGUCAACGGGACGACGCAGAAAAUUGCAUAUUUUUCAAUGUUAAGAUGGAUUAGCGGUCGAACAUAUUUCGUAAGUUGACAAGGAUGUUCAGCGAGGGUAUUACCAAAAGGAACGUGAACAAUUAAAUAUAAAAAGAAUUCGGAAAACAAGAAAAGAGUUAAAUCCGUGUAGCACAAGCGUUCGUGAUCCCGUGACAACGAGUGAGAGUCUCCCACAGAGCAAUAAAGAGCAGCUUUUCAUUUUGCACUUUUUAGGGCGCGCAUUCAAAGCGGAAAAAGAUUGUGUCGGACUAAUCCGCGAUUUCUGUGUGACGUUAAAAGAGAGCAACAAUGAAAAUUCGGGCGACGAUGUAUGUUCGAGUUUAGUAGAGAAAUCUCGUUGCUGAAGCGUGUUUUUUGGUAACGAGGCGUUGGUCAUUUUUCUGUGCUCGUACGCUCUGCGUAUAUAAAUGAAAUUUCGUGAUCAAGAGUCUUCGAACCUCGAGUUUCAAGCGCUUAACUUCUCACGCCAGCAAUAAAGGCCGAGAUCGAUUCUCGUUAACCAUCGUAGCAAUAAUCAUUUACAAUGGACGUUUUACCGUUGAUAAAGAGGAUCCAGAAGAGGAGCGAGAUAUUUUCGAGGACGACGAAAAGAGGCAUUCGUCCUUUCAACUUCUUGGACAUCAGUUGCACGCGUUGUUCGAUAACCAAUGCUUCGACGACGGAUUUAAAGAGACGUCGAUUCUUUGCGCGUGAGUGAAUCACGUUUUUCAAAAUAAACGGCCGUCGCUUUCACAAGAAUAUACAUAUAUAAAUAUUUGUAUGCAAAUUAAAUGAAAGACUGUGUUCGAAAUGUGCAUCGUGAAAAGAGGAAAAAUUUUCAAUGAAAUUUUGCCAUACCCAUUCUUGAUCAACGAAAAUUGUGAAGAAUGGAUGGUGCGAAAUACUCGUCGCGUUGUUACAUUUAAGACGCGUUAUCUUCGGUCUUAAUGGAAUUGUGUGGAAUUCAGAGUCUCCGAGAAUACUCCAAGAUUUCGGAGAAAUGGACAAUGUUCAAACACGGAAUUGGCGAAUACGGAAAGAAAGUGAAGCGUGUCAGGAUGCUGGAACAACAGGAUUCCACUUGCACCGGCUAAAAUGAAUCGUAGGGAGGACCCGCUGUUGCGGCAGCAUCGCAAUCGCCUGCUGCAAUUAGCGGAGGUGACAAACAUCAAGCCUGGCCGUGGCAGCGGGAAAAGACGAGGCCAAAGACAGUCACACGGUUUUGGACCCAGCAAUGGUGGACCGAGCGCUGGUGGCCGCGUCACCCUCCAGGAUAUCGUCAGAAGCGAUCCUGGAUACACGCCAAACAUCGAGCAUUUAGUUUUCCCGGAGCGUAAGAGCAGCAACCCGAAUUUAGCUAAAACCGGCGAUGAAUCUCCGUCGAACAAAUCCAAGUCGAACGCAACUAAUUCGGGAAGGUCCAGACUCGCGGAAGUGUUCUCCAGGCAUUACUCUAGGGGCUCCUCGCAGGAUUCUUCCGUCACAUCCAGGAAAAAUCACUUAAACAGUACGUCACUGGACAGCGGAGGGACGGUGUCCCAUCAAGCAACAGGGUCGAGCGGAUCCACGGUGGUGACGAGGAGCGCCGGACGUCGUUGGCUGUUGCAGAGCUCGCAAUCCUCCAGGCAACAUUCGGUCGAGGACGGAGUACGUGGGGGCAACGUAGGCGUCAUAGGGCCCGUUUCGACCUCGUCCUCGAGUCAGGCCCCUGCUCCAGCCUUGCCGCCUCGUAGAGUCAGUUCAGCCGCGAAUUCUACCGACAUCUCGAACACGGCCACUGGCUCCCGCGGCGACAGAGGCCAAACCGUGUCGAUCCUGCAUUUACGCAACACAUCCGAUCCUUGGGAAGUUGGAUCUCAAGGCUCAUCAUAUAGCGUCAGUAGCAAUAAAAGUCAAACUGGCAGCAAAGGAAAAUCAAGUGGAAAUGCACGGGGCUCGUACACGCGUGGUACUUCGAUACCAUCCUUGAAGCGCCACGACACAACGGCAUCGGCAUCGUCGACUUCCAGCCUGAAGCAGCAUCGACAGGACAGCCACGGACAGGUGACGGGUUCUCGUCGACGAGAAUCCUCGAAUUCGUUCCUGUCGGGUAACAGCGGCACCUCGGGCGAACUUUUCAUCAGCGGAGAUUGCAGCAGGGAAUUGUCACCGGUGCGAUGGUGCGACAGGGAGGUGGACGGUGUCUAUUUAGGUCGAUCGGGUUGGGUGCAAGUGCAACAAAGGUCUCUGGACGAGAAUCGACGGAUAAACUAUGAGAGUAGCUUGGUAACGGCAACCACAGGUACUCUGCCGUUGCCGAGACGAGCCGCAGUAAAAUUGGCUGACUAUCAUUGCAACAGCGAACCAGGGAAAUGUCCUGAAGAAUUUCUACGAUUGGAUACCCAGAGACCGGACUAUCUAGCUCUACAUGGUCAAGACUUUGAAUCUGUAGCGAGCAGCACCUGCACAUCUCCUCACAGCAUUCCCGAAUCUUAUUCCCCGCCGUCGGUUACGCCGAUAAUCUCACCUCCACCUGCCUUUCAAGAUGUGAUCGGCAAAAAGACCUCCUCGAAGCAUUCUUCCGGGCGUAACAAUUAUGGCAAGCCGCCAUUCCUACCACGAUCUAAUGCUAUAGUGGACAGUGACAUCAUCAGUCCUCCGCCUUCGCCUCCGCAUCAAGUGAAUUGGAGUUCCUUGCCACCAUCUUCCCGGAAGACAUCGAACACACCGUCCAGACCUAGAAGGCAAAACAGUAACAGUCAACAACAACAACAGCAACAACAAUAUCGAAUGGCGCAAGCUAAAUCAUUGGAAGAUCAGUCCUCUUCGAGAAGGUCGCAGUUCGUCCAACGUUACUUAGAGUCCUCGAGCUCAUCUUCGUCGUCAGUAGGUUUCAGAAGUCUGGAUAGUUGCGUAACGAGAUCGACGAUGCCCAGAUUGGCCGAGAACACGGAUUCUUCGGUGGAGGGAUACGACGACGGCGACGACGAGGACGACAAUCCUAGCUCCUCUUUGAAUCUAAGCCUCGUUUCUUCUUCGAUAAUAGCGCUGAAUUCAUCUACAGAGUCUAUUCGCGCUAAUGGGGAAAGGAUUUCACCGAAUAGACAGAGCCGUCAUCACAGAAGUCAACAAGGAUUAAGAAGAUCACCCGGAUCCUCGGAAUCCGGCAAGUUAUCGUUCAAUUCGCCUUCCUCCUCCUCGUCGUCGUCAAGCAGCGCGGAGAGACAAGGCCGAUCUCCGACACCCAAUCCUUUCAGGCGUAGCAACGCUUCUAGACAACAUCAGAGUGCCAGAACGACGCAAGCGUCCCCAGAUUCCCAUCAGUCGCGGGUAAGAAGAUCCAGAAGUCUUCAAUUACCCGAGAAGAGGUCCCCCAGCACCGCCGCACCGAGUAGGGAGCAUUCCAGAGAAUCUAACGAGAGCCACAGAGUCGCCAUGAAAAUUUCCACCGAUCGUGGCAACGAAAGAAAACGUCAUGCUCUCCAAAAUAGAAAAGCGCAGUCAACCGAGAACGCGUUAAACGAGGAACUUCUUCGCGAGACUGAGGCAGUAACCGAGUUCCUUUACGGUACGAGGAGUCGCGCAGUGGCUAGGAGUAUUCUCUCGUGUCGCUUCGAGCGCCGUGAAGACAGCCAAGAACAAAGACAAAGGAACAAUCCCAACACUUACGACGUUUAUUUUAUCUCGUCUAAGCAACAACAAUCUUCGAAAUCAAGCGGCAUGUGUAUGCAACAGCAGUCACAGCAGCCGCAGCAAUCGCAACAGCAACAACAGCAACAACAACAACAACAGCAACAACAAUCCAGACGGCCGAAGACGCUUCAGAGAGGGGCAACGACCCCGAAUGCAAAUCCCUCGUCUUCGAACCACGACUUUUGCAUCAGUCCCGACACGAAACUACGCUGCAACAGCAGUACAUGCGAUUUCUGGCCACAUUGCUCACAGAGAGAUACUCUGUACUCCCCUAAUCAGGCACCGGUAUUUAUGAAGCUAUCCCAGAGCUACCCGGCUCAUCAAAGACUCCCCACGGACACGGGGAACCACGCGAACAGAGGAAGCGCCAGCUCAUCCCCAGCAUCGUUAGAGCGAAUGGACGAUCGGGAGUUCCGUGAUCGCGAAACUUCUCGAAAGAAUCGAGCUAACCGGGAACAGAACAACAGCAACGCGUCAAAAUAUCAAGAAAGGCAACCGAAAAGCGUGUUGAAGCAGUCGAAUCGAUGGUCGCCUCUCGAAGGAUCCAAUGGGAAUGGGUCGAGCGUAGAAAAGAGGGAAUAUCAUCGAUACUAUCAGAAACCUGAAUUCACUGGCAGCUUCGAAGGUUGUGAAAGUAAAGAUAGAAAAGUGUCACCGGUUCAGGGGAAGAGUAUCAUGAAUAGAUCGCCGAGUGGUCAAGUCGCGUCCUCGUCGACUACAUCGUCGUCUUCUAGUAGUGACAUUUGGGUCACCACAUCCGAUCGAACGGUGACGAAAAGUCCGAGGAACGCAAAAAGUUCCGGGGCGUCUACUCCAAUGGAAGAUGCGGUGAUUGGUUCUCUGAAGACCCUAAUAGAACCGCCGAAAGAUGGAAUGCUGUCCAGGCCUGGAAGUGCACCAACGAGAGGGGAGGAUUCUCUGCCAGGGGACGUCUCCUUGGAUCCUCAUCAGCGGUCUCUUUCCUUGCCAAAGUCCUUUCUGGCGCAUAAUGGCAAUAACAAAGGAGGAUCCUGGCAACGUGGCCAGAAUUCCCAAAGGUCGAGCCCCAGCCCCAGUCGACUUCACCACGCACAGGAAGCAGCCACGCCUCACACAGCUCCUGUUUCCCCGCUGCACGAUCAACGAUCGAACGCGUACACUGGAAAGGAGAGGAGACGAAUUCCUGGGCUGAGCAAGGCGCAGAGGCGUAUCAAAGCGUCGAGCACGCCGGCGCUUUUGGACCGUGAUGUGGAAAGUCGACAGUGGUCGGGAGACGAAGAGGAUGAGGGCACAACAGGUCACGUAACAACGGAGCAUCCUCUGGCGGAGGCGACAAUUCCCUUGGUCUCCCACUCACGUCUUCAAGAGCAGCCCUCUAACUUAAGUGCCAAUCUUGUGACCGCUUCCGGGACCCAGAAUCCUCCUCGUUCGAGCACGCAGAGCCAGCAAGAGAGCGUUUUGCAGAAAUUCAGAAAGAGCUUCUCCUUGAGGUUCCACAAAAAGGGCAGCAAGGAGAGCAACGAAAGCGAGUGCCCGGCCGAAGAUAACGAUGGAUCCGGCCCUCUGGACGAGGAGGAGGAAAGGGAACCGCCGACUGUCACGGAACAGACCCCUCAACACAAAGAAGACACCAAUAAUGACCAGAAAUUCCGGUUUGGUCCUCUUGUAUGGAGAAGCAGUAAAGAGAGAAAAAAGGGCAGCAAAGCUGCCAGAAACGCGAAAUGCAACAGCGGAGAUAGCGGAAUACAAAUCGAGAUGGUAUCUGGUGGAGCAUUGACUGGGGGUGGUGGUGGUGGAAUGAUGGGGGGUGGUGAUAGCUCCGAGUCCCACGAUACGGACGUCCAAGACGAGACGGACAGCCCUCCAGCCCUUCGUAGGCGGGUCGCUGACAAAUCACGACCCCAGUCCGAGCUCAUCAACCAGAUACUGAUCGACAAAUUUAAGGCGGAUCUUCAGAGCCGCACGUCGAGGCACCAGCAUGUACGCAGAACGAACAGUGAUUUAGGAGGUCAGAGGUUACUCCAGUGGGAUACGAGGUCUGGUUACAGCCACGCGCACAAUUACCGCAGGAUGCUCUCGACGCCAUCACCGAUCAAGACGAGGCCUCCUAGACUCAGUCCGAGGCACUCCUCCCAUGACAUCGUUACGCUGAGAAGUAACGCGAAAGGGAGGAGUUCUCGGACAAAUUUGAGGCGUUCACUUAGCCAACCACUGGGUAUCAAUCAGCUAUCACCCUUGAUGCGCACCAAAACUGCAGGCGCGAGGUUGCCCGGUGGAAACGUCCUGUCUGAGGACGAACAAGAUGGAAGAGGUGGAACGUCCGACGAUGAAAUGAUGUCUGAUUCGGAAUCCUCCAUCGCCUCCUUGACGGACAGAAAAAAAUCCUUCGAGCAGACGAUGGACGAAGAAGUUGCAAUCCUGGCUGAAGCUGUUUGGGACCACGUGGCGAUGGAAUCAGAGGAGCUGGCUUUUCGCGCUGGCGAUGUGAUAGAAGUUUUGGACAACCUGGACAAGGACUGGUGGUGGGGCAGUUGUAGAGGAGAGCAUGGUUGGUUCCCGGCUGCAUUUGUUAGGUUACGCGUAAGCCAAGAAGAUACUGUCGAGGAUUGUUUGGCGGCGAUGGCCUCUGGAGGCGCAUCAAAUUCGCAACUAAGAAGACGUACCAGUAUUUCGCUGUUAUCAAAUGAACAAGUCAGAACGAGCGUAGUUCGUGAACUAGUUCAAACCGAAAGGGAUUUUGUUAAAAUACUGAGGGAUGUUGCGGAGGGUUACAUAGCCGAAUGUCGACGGCGCACGGAUAUGUUUACAGACGAACAGAUAGAAACGAUUUUCAUCAAUCUCGAGGAGCUGUUAGACUUCCAAUCUGAAUUCUUGAAAGAUCUGGAAACUAGAAUCGACUGGAAUGCUCCGUACAAGAGCUGCGUCGGUGAAUGUUUUCUGAAUCAUAGAGCGGGAUUUCGUAUGUAUUCGGAGUACUGCAACAGUCAUCCGAUGGCUACCGCCACUUUACAGGAAUUAUAUCAACAUAAUCGUUAUAGCAAGUUCUUCGAAGCGUGCAGGUUAAUGAGAGGGCUGAUAGAAAUUCCUUUGGACGGAUAUUUAUUGACACCAGUGCAACGGAUAUGCAAAUAUCCACUCCAGUUGGCAGAAUUACUGAAAUAUACGAAAACCGAUCAUCCAGAUUACCAUAAGAUUCAGGAAGCUCUAGAAGCGAUGCGAGAUGUUGCGGUUUUGAUUAACGAAAGAAAGAGACGGAUGGAGAGCCUAGAAAAACUUGCUGCGUGGCAACUAAGGGUGGAAGGAUGGGAGGGUGAAGAUCUCAUAGAAGUUUCGUCGCAAUUAAUUUAUCAAGGAGAAGCUGUGAGAGUUACUACCGGCAUGUGGACAAAUAAUAUCACACUUUUCCUAUUCGACCACCAGCUAGUGUAUUGUAAGAAGGAUAUCUUAAAGCGAAAUACCUAUGUGUACAAGGGACGGAUUUAUCUCGACACGAGCGAAGUGAUCGAUGUUCCCGAUGGCAAAGAUCACCAAUUAGGUGUAACAGUAAGGCAUUGUUUGAAAGUAUACAGUUGUGUUCGAGAUAAGUGGUUGUUAUUCUGCUGUCGUACAGCGGAAGAAAAGCGUCGAUGGUUGGCAGCCAUGGCCGAGGAAAGGAGACUGGUUGCUCAGGACAGAAAUGACGGAUUGGAGUUCCCUGCUGCGGCCAGGCAAUUGGCUAGGAUCGCAGCAACGAGACAGCAGAACAGACCGCCAAUUAAACCUCGCAACAAAACGUACAAAAGAGAGUCUGCUUACGAAAUGCCUACAAUGGUUGGGCAAGCCACCACAAACUCGUUAGGACGUAAAGUUGGCACUUGGUUCACGUUCGGUAGCAGCAAGAAAAACACGCGACUUCAGCCGUCCUGAGACAGGCCUACCUUCGUACCAUACAUUGACUUGUGAAAGUCUAACGAGAAGCGCUUAAUCGUUGCUUCGCAACCGUGAUUCACAAAUUACUUGUCGUUCAAGAAACAUUUCUCAGAAAAUUUCUUCAUAUCAAGAUUUAUUCGCAUUUUCUUCAAUGUUUCGACAUUUAAGAAUAUUCGAAUAAAUAAACGGACAACGUAUUCGUUUUAAUCUGUACGAAAGCAAACGAUAAGAAGCGCUUGUCAUAUGUAUGGAACGAAGGUAUUUUAUUUAUCUAAUCGUUAAGUUUUAUCUCUUAGUCGUUGUCGAUUCAACAAUAUCGGUACGUCCUGUUAAAAGGGUAAGCAAAACGCUACGAUUUUCAUCAGUCCGAAUGUAGUUAUUCUCGUUUAAUUUAAAUCACACGCAGUUCGAUAAAAAGGAAGUAUAACUUUGUCGAUAUCGUUGGCGAUAUUUAUUUCACUGCCUCGAAGAGGAUUCUUCUAGAUUCUAUGCUCUGUCGUCUUACAAUCACACAGAUCACUGCAAUCACGGAGUGACAAGGUAUCACCACUUAGUUGUUUUCAGAAAAAUGAUAACCGUUGUUUGUUCAAAGUAUAACCGCAAGAAAUAUUACUAAUUAAGCGUAAUUAUAAAUUCAUAUAAGCAACGUUUAGACGAAACGAACAAUAUUACAAAAUGGAAAAGAAUAACGUGCAGAAAGUUUGAACUAUCAAAGGCAAAGAGAUAAGUAUCGAGGCGGGACGAAAUAGAAAAUAUUAUUGAAGAAAAAAAGCUUGUAUAAACUAAAAAAAUGAAUGCACUUACUAUUAGAUAUAUAUGAAUAUUAUGUGUAAAGCCGAUAGCAAGCUUUUGCGGUACUAAAGAGAAAGUACUAGUCACUCUUAUCACGGAAUCACAUAAAACACCAGUGAUAAAACUUUAGCAUUAUCGGAAUGCAACCGCUUGUACGUUGUAAGCAAUGAAUGGAUUAGCAGUGGCCACGUGUUUUUUAUGGUAAUAAAGACUGAUUGAGAAAUGCUUGAGCAAAUAGGUACGGAGAGUAGCACUGAGAGAAAAGUAUAGUCAAAGCGUAACAGAAUUUCGCUAAAAGUAGAUAUAUUUAUUACUGCAGAAUGAAAGACCUUCCAAAUGCAUUAUUAGUUUGAUAACCAUUUAGAUAGUCUUCUCUAGUAUGCACAUUGAAAUAAAGAGAAACAACGUUGACACAAAUAUCAUACCUUGAAAUUUUCUCUCAGUGAAGCAAAACGUAUCACAGUACAUAAUAUCAUAAAAAAAGAAAAGAAUCUUAACUUGUUUCACGGUACGCCCUUUUACUGCCUAAAAUUAUCGUCAUUUCAUCUAAAGCAGUAAAUCAUAAUACUCAUCGUAGUUUAUACGAAGGUUUUAAAUUUUUGGUAAAUGGACGGAGAAUUAUAUUUCUACGUCGAAUAUGGAGCGACAGUAUUAAUGAUAUAGGUACCACUAAACAUGUAAAUACUCGCAUAUCAAGCUUGUUUUCUACUGCUGCUAUAGCAGUUUCUAAACGGAAAAUAAGAUCAUCUGAGAUAUCUUUCAAGUUUUUCUACUCUUGUACAGAAAAAUGUUGCGAGAAUAUUAUGAUGAAAGCCAGUCAGCAAAAACCUCUGUGUUUUGUACGUAAAAAGUAAUGGAAACGUGCACACUGUAAUUCUUCAUCGAGUACAAUUCAAUUAACGUUUCAAAAAAGCUGAUCCAUCAAUUGUGAAAGUUUUCAACACUGCCAAUGUGUUUACUAAAUAUUUUUUUGUUUGUUUCUGACACUUUUCAUCGUCUUAAUGCAUAUAUAUUUUUCGAAAUAUAUGUUCAUAAAAAAAAAAAAAAAUAAUUGUUAUUCUAUCUUCGAUCGCAACUUUGCAGAAAAAAGAAGAAGAAAAUACUUGUGAAACAUAAACAAUACACAGAAGUAUAUUUUUGCUUAUUUCCUGGCAUUGUAUUUACUAUAUGACGAGGACAAUAUGAUGACAAAAUGAAAGAGCAAGAUUCCUACUCAACUGUACAGAAACCAUUAACCAUUGAUGUUUAGACUAGAAGCGAUACAUUUGUUGCUGAACCUAAUUCAUUUAAGAGUUAUUUUUAUAGGACAAAUUUAUUUGUUCGAACGCAAUUUCUCUGUAAGCAUUGUUAUAUAAGGCCAACUAUAAUGGCCAAUGUGACUAAACAUAAGGAGAAAAAUAUCAUAUGUUAAUUAUAAACGCUGAAACGAUAAUAUCGCAUAUUGCACAAUUUAGAACUUUUCAUUCAUUGAAUUUUACUAACAUCAAUAAAGAAAUAAUACUUCUGUAAAUUAUCAGAGUAAUAUUACAAAUAUUCGCAAGACACAUUAGUUACAAAAUAAAAAAAGGGAGUUUCAACAUAGCAAUGGUUUAUUCUUUACAUUGGCUAUAUCUUGUUAAAGACGCGUAAAGUAAUUAAUAAUUCAAUAUAUAUCCUUUCUAUAGUUAGGAAUUGAUAAAUUUGUAUUGUUACUCUGAAAAUACUAAAACAGACUUUGCACAAACGUCAGAAUGAUGUGCUUUGAAGCAAUAAUAUUACUAGGCGUUACAGUAAUAACAGUUUAGGCUGUUGCAUAUGUAUGUGAAUGCAUAUAUUUUCCCUUAUAUUUAACAUAAAUAGUUGCGCGUGCAUAUUGAUGAUUGCCAUAUUUUAUAAUUGUCUGUUAUUAAUAUGCACGUGAACGUUCCACUUCCGAAAAUUUGAAAAUAAAAA